AUGUCUACCAGCACCUCAGUCCUCACCGGCGGUUGUGCAUGCUCUCACAUCCGCUACUCCUCCACAGCCCUUCCGUCCCACCUAACCCACUGUUUCUGUGUUGAAUGCAGAAAAACAGCCGGCGGGCCCUUCCAGUCCUACGUCCGCUUUCCCACGGCAGCCGUAACAUGGAUUAACGAGGGGCAUGAACCGAUAUAUUUCCACGCCAGCACCUUCGCGCGCCGUGGGUUCUGCGACAAGUGCGGUUCCAGCUUGGUGUUUCAAAUGAAUGAGAGUCCGGAGAGUAUUUCGUUGACAGCGGGUUCUAUUGAUGACUGGGAUGUGAAGUGGGAUUCAGAUGGAGAACAGAAAGAGGGGGGGAAAGAAGGGGCGGGAAAAGAGGGAUGGGACAAGUUGGUUAGGUCGUCAGUGUAUUAUUGGGCGAGAGAGAAGCCAUCUUGGCACAAGUUACCAAGCAAUGGGGUGGUGGAGUAUUUCACGGAUCCCGAUAUUGAGGAGCAGCCGCCGGGAUGGAGGGGGGAGGAAGAGGGUCCUUGGGAAACAGUCAAAAAGGGGUAA